AUUCAAUCGUCGAAACGGUUCACUAGUCUAAGUUGACAGGGAAAUUCUAAUAUGUCGGAACUUGAUAAGUUAAGUGAGAGAGAUAGGGCUGUACUGAAGAGUAUAUUUGACCCCACAGCGAUUAUCGGAGACGUUACUGAUAACGAAGAUAAUUUCGAAGAUGAUGAACCAGAGCCGACUACAUCAGACUACUUGGAAUCAAAGACGCUGAGUUUCCGUGGUGCGCAGUUGGCUGAAGACGGCAAACUGGAGGAGGCCCUAGAAGAGAUGAACAAGGCUAUAGCAGCUGCGCCAGAGAGGGCCGCCGCGUACAAUGACAGGGCGCAGCUGCUGCGGCUCAUGCGGAGAGACGAUGAGGCGAUGGCGGAUUUGGAUCGGGCAUUACAAUUGACAGCGGACAGGCGGAGCCGUGCGCGUGCGUUAGCACUGUGUCAACGCGGCGUGUUGCUGCGCAAGCGAGGUGCGGAGGAGGAAGCCCGCGCGGCCUUCGCAGAAGCCGCUACUAUAGGAAGCUCCUUUGCUAAGAAACAGGUGGUGGAAAUGAACCCGUACGCCGCUCUCUGCAACCAGAUGCUCAGCCAAGUGCUGCGAGGCGACAAGGAGAUCAAAUAAUAAUUAUUAUAUUUUUCAAAAUAGUAUCUGUUUUUAUAUUGAAAAUAAUUCUAUAAUAAAAUACCAACGUUAUAUAAAGCUGACAUACGCUCAAUUUCGACUGAAAAGUUUAACUUUUCAGUUCAAACUGAACGUUUGUAGCGGUCUUUAAAGAUCGUCGCUUGUUUUAAUAUUUCGAUGUUGAUUUUCUUAACAUGCAUAUCAUGUUUAUAAUUGAGUAAAGGUAAAUAAAUAAAACACACGAGGAAUCUAAUGAUUUAGAAAUUUAUAUUAUUGAGUACAAUCCAUCAUUCAAUUCGAAAUCCUUAACAAACCAUAGACCUCACCAGAGGUCUGGCCAUCGACAAUCACACUUCGAAACCCUAAAAAUGACGAUUUGACGAAACGACAUUUGAAAAAUGACGAAUUUAAUACUACAAAUCGAAAUACUGUUACUACAAUAAUAAAAUCACACGGAAGGUCUCGUGAGACCGGCUCACUAAGACCAGGUCUAAUGAUACCGGAUCACUUAGACCAGGUCUCGUGAGACCGGAUCACUGAGACCAGGUCUAGUGAUACCGGUUCACUAAGACCAGGUCUCGUGAGACCGGAUCACUGAGACCAGGUCGUGAUACCGGGUCACUAAGACCAGGUCUAGUGAGACCGGUUCACUAAGACCAGGUCAAGUGAGACCGGUUCCCUAAGACCAGGUCUAGUGAUACCGGUUCACUAAGACUAGGUCUCGUGAUACCGGUUCACUAAGACCAGGUAUAGUGAGACCGGUUCACUAAGACCAGGUAAAGUGAGACCGUUUCACUAAGACCAGGUCUAGUGAUACCGGUUCACUAAGACCAGGUCUCGUGAGACCGGAUCACUGAGACCAGGUCUAGUGAUACCGGUUCACUAAGACCAGGUCUCGUGAGACCGGAUCACUGAGACCAGGUCGUGAUACCGGGUCACUAAGACCAGGUCUAGUGAUACCGGUUCACUAAGACCAGGUCUCGUGAGACCGGAUCACUGAGACCAGGUCGUGAUACCGGAUCACUAAGACUAGGUCUCGUGAAACCAGGUCACGUGAGACACCACCAGGUCACCUUCACAGAGUUAAAUGUUAAAAUUUUUGAUAAUAUUAAAUCUAAUAAGAGGCGACAACGGUACAUUUAAACGCAAUUACAAAAGUGCACUUUUUUAAUAACAUUAUUUACGUGACACAGUUUUUAGACGUAUUUUGGUACAGUUUUACUUUUAGUGGUUAAUUACAGACAGAUGUUGUCAUCAUUAAGCAACAAAGUCUACGAAUAAAGUAUGGGAUCUAAAUAAAAUAAAAGUUGUCUCAAAAACUAUUUUGGCACAUACUUGUAAAACAAGAGUGAAGAUAUUUUCAAUAUUUUGAGAAAUACGUCUAAGAACAGUGUCAAGUGACGCGUGAAAAGACGAUUUUAUCACAGAGAGUUAUUACACAGUGAGAAUAGAUACAAGUCGAAGACCGCGCUUUUUGCUACAUUAGUAAAGUUUAUAUUGCUCUUAACUAGAUGGCGCCAAAGUUCGAUAUAUUGUCAAAUACAAGGACAGUGUAAGAAAUACUAAAAAAUAUACAAAUGUGCUAAAUAAGAUUAUCAAAUCACGAGAUUAAGCCAUUAUAAACGCGUUCAAAAAUUGAUUUUAACAAAUUAUUGGCAACGAUAUUUGACGCGUAAUCGAAUGUGAUUUUUUUAAAUAAAAUUGAACGUGCUGUGUUAUACAAAGGUAUAGUCUGACAAAUGUAUCUGACCCGAUGAGAGAAACGCUAAUCGGUUAGUUCUUUUGCACAGAAAAUAUUAAAAAAAUACAGCUACAGUACUGGGUUUUCAUAUAGACCUACAAGGAUCUUAUGGCACUUGACAUUGAGAGAGCACCUGCUAUUAUUUAGAGGUACCAGUAAGCAAAUAAUUCCCAACUUCUUUCUAAAUACAUCCAUGUUGGUUUUAAAUAAAUUUCGAAAUUAGCAAAAUACGACAUUCCUUAAUGCAGUUGCCGCACUCUCAUUGGUCAAAAUAUGACAUUCAAAAUAACAUUGUUAGUUCACAAAAUAAACAAGUGCCAAUUUAUUUAAACUUAUUUUUAUCAUUAGCAGCUCUAGUGAGAUACUACAAUAACUUUAGCCCACCGGGUCAAAUAACUGUCGGUUUAAAAUACAUCUUUUGUUACUAGUGAUGUACUCUUACAAAAAACUCAAACGUCAAAGUCGAAUAAAAAAAAAACUUAAACGAUAUUAAUACUGAUUAGUGAUACAGGGCUAGCGGUCACAUCACUAGUAACUGUCAUCAAACAAUGCAUUUUAUUAUCUACAUUGGAAAUAUAUUUUUAAAUAUAAUUUUGGCACAGGCGACGUGCGUGCGGAAACGUCGACAAUGGAAAAUAUUAAAAGAUAUUAUAUAUUUAAAAAGUAUUCUAGAACCUGUAUUAACUACGGGCUUAUUCUAAGAGUGAGUUUAGGCCUAUUACGACAAAUGGCUUAAGCUAAAUGUUUCUUAGCGAAAUACUUUUUAUUACGAAAAAUAAGCUUUCAAAGGAGAGUGAUACAGAGCAAACUAGUGCAUGAUAAUAUUUUUAAUUUAUGCUUAAUAAUAUCAACUUUUUUAAUACUAAUAUCUCACUGAACACAAUAAAAACUAUUAAUACAAUUUAUUGUAAGAACAUUCUAGUUUUUAUAUAUUUCUUGAUAUGAUGGGUAUUUUGGCUGGAUUUUUAGAUGUCAAA